AUGAUUAAUAGCAGCAAAAUCCCAGAGCUUCAAAUGGUCACGUUACAGGGUACCCAACAAAAUAAUGGCCAUAAAAACAGUCAUGAAACUAAUGAUCCAGCCUUAAAGCUACAGUCCCAGGCCCUCAGGUACUAUAACUAUAUCAUCGUCUGUUACUUAAUUGUCGUUCAGCUUGUUGGAAUCAUAUCGGUGAUUAUUUACUUGAAUACAAAUCCCGAUUCACAGAAGAUUCUCAGAGAAAGGGACAUCGACUCCACUUUGUUUUCUGUGUUUAUCACAGUUUCUUUCUUCGCCAAUUGUGGGUAUGUACAAUUGAAUGAUGGCCUGGUGCCAUUUCAGAAAUCCCCAGGGCUUCUCUGGCUGUUGGUAAUUCAGAUGGCCCUUGGGAAUACCAUGUUUUGGCCCUUUGUAAGAUUAUUAACAUGGGGGUUAAGCCAUCUGAGGAUGUUCACAACAGUUACGCAGACUAGGGCGUUGCAGUAUAUCUUGAAAAAUCCUCAGAAAUUAUUGCCUUUUGGGUUUAAGCAAACGAUGUGGAUUGUAAUGGUGGAGUGGGGAUUGAACGUUGUUCAGUUGGGAUGUUUGAGUGCUCUGCAGUGGAGCACAAGUGUUUUUCAGGGCCUCACUUGGACUCAGAAAUUCUCAGCCGCUGUUUUCCAGACAUUUUCUACUCGCACCACAGGAAUUAACGCUAUAAAUAUGGCGGAUUUAUCUCCUGCAAUUAUUUUCAUUUACGCUCUUGUCAUGUAUAUACCAUCAGAGCCGGGACUAAAGCAAACAUCGGUUUCAUCUGCUUCUUGUGUAGAAACCAAGGAUGAGGAUAAUUUUUUAAGCAGACAAGCUCAGAAAACGUUGUUCCAGCGAUCCGUGGCGUUGUUGGCAACCACAGUUGUGAUCUGCAUGAUUGAGAAUGAUAACGUAGUUAACGACCCAUUAAAUUUCUCCAUUUUAAAUAUGAUUUUUGAAACAAUCAGUGCAUAUGGCAACGUGGGGCUUUCGGUUGGGUAUAGUUGUAGGCUUCGGAGGAAUGAGGAGGGAGCAUGCAAAGAUGUUCCGUACAGUCUAUCUGGAAAGUGGAGCGUUACAGGGAAGCUUUUAUUACUACCGCUCAUGCUGCUGGGCAGGUUUUGA